AUGGUUUUCCUCCUGCGAGCCGUGCCAAGGCUGCAGGGGCCCGCUGCAUGGAGGAGGCCUCUACAGCAACUGUGGUGCUGCGCUGGGCAGGGGGAUUCCGUAAGGUGGGUGGGGAGCAGGUCUCCCCCCUCACAGGAGAAGCCAGCAGGCACAGAGACUGAAAAAAUCCACACAAUCUACCGCUUCAAUGCCAUCAGAGCACUUGGGUUCCUGUCUCGGCUGAAGUUGGCACAGAUGGCUGUGACUGUGAUGGCCCUGCCCCCAGGCUUCUACUGCUACUCACAAGGCCUCAUGACCCGCAGCUCACUGGGCCUUAUGAGUGGGAUGGCCCGCUUUGCCCUGGUCGUGCUGUGCUGGAUGAGCCACUUCUUCCGGAGACUGGUGGGUGUCCUCUAUGUGAAUGAGUCAGGUACCCUGCUUCGGGUGGCCCACCUGACCUUCUGGGGCUGGCGACAGGACACAUACUGUGCCGUGUCAGACAUGAUGCCCCUGUUAGAAUCCGAGGAACAGGUCCAGGAUGUGUUCUUGCGAAUCCAGCAGUACAGUGGCAAGCAGACCUUCUACCUCCCCCUACGCUAUGGCCGAAUCCUGGACCGGGAUCGUUUCUCACAGGUGUUCGGAACCCUGGCCACACUCAAGAACAGCAAGUAG